GAAGCUCGCGAAGGAGACGCAAGCAUCGUGCUUCUACCGGAGCGGCAGAGGAAGGUGAUGUCAGGGUACCGCCCGGGGCACCUGCCGGCCAGCCCGAGGUUGGAAACGCUAAUCGUGACUGGUUUUUCCAGCGCUGGUAUAAUUCAUCUAGAGGCGACGCUGCCCCUAAAACGGUGUCCUUUUCUGGUGCGGAGGUAGUUUCUCAACGAAACCCGAAAUCAAACUUGAGGUGGGCUAGAGGCUUGGAUGGUGGCCAAGAUACUAGGGAUCCAUCUUAUAUCCUUGACGCUGUUUCGGACAGACUGCAGCAAGCUCGGGCUCAUCCUCGAUCUCUCUCGACUAUCUGGAGCGAUGGAGGGCCAGAGAGCUCGGCCACCGCGGGAACUGUUUUGGCUACGGGGAGAAAGAGCAGUGGAGGUGCAAGCAUAGACGCCUCUACGAUGAACCGAAGGAUGCAUGGCGCUAAAGGAGAUAAUAGAGCGGACUUCCAUCAGGGGUUUGCGAGCACAAUAGAAGGCGCUGGGCUAUCAGGAAAUCCGAGCAGUGAGUUGACGCAGACACACUCUCCAGGUGAAUUGGUGCACUAGCUUUCAGAGAUGUUGGUACAUUAACAUGAUAAUCUAGUGGAAGGUUUUACGGGUACUUCGAGCCCAGUCAGGCGAGAGACGUUUAGUUCUGAUGGCGCGUUUCAGAUGGUCAAUCGCGGAGACUUGAGUAUCCCAGACAAUCUUAGGAAAUGUAGGGAGAUCGCCGGGGUCAUCAUGCCUGACAUGUAUCUCUCUGGUCCAGGUACCGAGGGUACCUAUGGAUCUAGCGAACUAGUGGAAGAUAUGUGGAUUGAGGAUAAUGGGGUUAUUGUGAGGGGGUGUGAAGGUGAUACUAGGGAAAGGGAGGAUGAGGCGGGGCCUUCUAGGACUGUUGGGGGUGGAGGUAAGAUAACAGCGCUAAUUGAGUAGUGUUGUUACGUAGCCGGUGAGACUAAUACAAGACUAGUAUAGAGGGCCUAGGACCGCAUCCGUAAUUGCUGGAGAAUUUCUACUGAGUUUUGGUGGAGGCGGAUUGGGUGAAGUUUUUUCAAACAGGCGUUGAGGAAAUUGGGUGGAUUGGUUAGUUACCGGUUGUGAUGCCUGCCCCGGAAAGUGGCUUAGGUGUAGCACACGAUCCAGCUCAUGUACUGUGGUUAUUUGAGUUGUAGUGGGCCUUGAAUUUAUUACCGAACGGUUUGAAACUUGCUUAGAGUGAUGAGAACUCUCCGGAUUCAUAAUAUCUCACUCGGAACGCCCACAGGAGUAAGUG